CUGCUCUUUGCUGGGGAAAAGAAAGUCUGUGACCAAAUAUUCGAUGGCAUUGAUUCUCUCAGGGAUCAGUGUUUUGCCGACAUCACUGCAAACAGUGUGUCUCUGCUCCUCAGUUUUGGGGAGGCUAUUUCCAAGAGCAAGAGAUCACCGAAAAUUGUUUGUUCUUUUAGACAUGUAUCAGAUAAUGAGAGAACUCCAGCCAGAGAAUGAAACACUUUUUGGAAGCGGCUAGCUCAGACAGCCUAGGAGACCUUUGGUGAUUUUGAAGAAGCAGUUGAAAAAGAUGCCACCAAAACUGCUGUACUUGAUGGAACUGUUCAUCCUUUGACCAGCUAUGUGAUAAAUUACGUAAAGUUUCUUUUGAAUAAGUUGUAAUCACUCUGCUUUCCACUUCCUGUAGCUGGUUGGGCUCAUGGCCCUUAAUUUUUUUAGCGGAAGUUGAUUGUUUAGUGCAAGUAAUAUUACAGGUUGUCUUUCUCUAAUUUAUAAUUGUAAUGGUUACCUUCUGUGAGACAAGUUGUCUUGCCUACAUAUCUUAUCUAUAUUGUUUCUAUGUAUGGGCUUUAUUCUGUACGAUUUCAUUCUAAUAUCACUCCAAGCAGUUUCCUUUAUGUUCUACGGAGACCAGUUUUGCUCCCACCCAGCACACACACAUCAACCUCUUUUCCGGUUUCUUGGUUGUGUCACUGCUACAAUUGUCUUUGGUCAUUGUCGUAGUAGCUUUGGUCAAACAAAAUGCAUGACUGUUGGGUAUCUCAUGUGCUCAGCUACCAAUCGACAUUGAAGCUGCUUUUUCAGGAGUUCAAUGAUUCUGAUCCGGAAGCUCAGUUAUCAUCCAUAACCACAAGGAUUAUGCAGGCGGUGCAGUAUAACCUGGAUGGAAAAUCCAAGCAGUACAAAGAUCCUGGAUUGACACAGUUGUUUCUUAUGAACAACAUUCAUUACAUAGUGAGAUCGGUUCGGAGGUCGCAAAGGACUCUUUGGGAGAUGACUGGGUUCAGGUACACUCAGCAGGAUGCAAAUCAGUAUUCUUCAAUGUCUUUCCGUUCAGUGUUCCACUUCAUCAGGAGGUGGCAUUCCAGUCGGGGUCCGCUAAUGAGUGGGAGGGGGUCCCCCUUGGAUGUGAUGGUAAUGCCAGCAGAGCUUUCUAGAGCAGCUGUGAAAGACAGGCCUAUGAUUGAGAAUGGGAAGAACCCACAGAAGUACGUCAGAUUCAAAUCCUGAUGAUCUUGAACGCAUGCUGGGUGAAAUUCUUUGAGGGCUCUUCAACCUUUUGCUUC